CCGGCUGCGGGGCGGAGUCAUCCCCGGGCCUGGACGGGUGCCUGGCCGGGUCAUCCCGGUACGCGUUGCCCCACGCAUGGCGGUGUGGAUGUUUGGGGGCCGCCUUGGCCUGCGUGGGCAUCUCGGCGCCUGCAGGCUGCUGCUGUGUCUCCGUUUCCAGAGUCGCGGCCCUCAGGGCGGGGAAGACGGAGACAGGCCACAGUCAUCCUCGAAGGCACCCAAGAUCCCCAAGAUUUACACCAAGACAGGAGACAAAGGGUUUUCCAGCACCUUCACAGGAGAGAGGAGGCCUAAAGAUGACCAAGUGUUUGAAGCUGUGGGAACCACAGAUGAAUUAAGUUCGGCUAUUGGGUUUGCCAUGGAGCUGAUCACAGAAAGGGGCCACACCUUUGCUGAAGAGCUUCAGAAAAUCCAGUGUGUGCUGCAGGACGUCGGCUCUGCCCUGGCCACUCCACGGUCCUCAGCCAGGGAGGCUCACUUAAGGCACACGGCCUUUGAGGAAGGGCCUAUCACGGAGCUGGAACAGUGGAUUGACAAGUACUCCAGCCAGCUUCCCCCCCUCACAGCUUUCAUUCUGCCCUCUGGAGGCAAGAGCAGUUCUGCCCUGCACUUCUGCCGGGCUGUGUGCCGCCGAGCUGAGCGACGUGUGGUGCCUCUUGUCCAAAUGGGAGAAACGGAUGCAAAUGUGGCAAAGUUCUUAAACAGACUCAGCGAUUACCUCUUCACCGUAGCCAGAUACGCAGCCAUGAAGGAGGGCGCCCAAGAAAAAAUAUACAAGAAGCGUGACAUGUGAAACAU